GCCAAAAUUAAAAUUCUUCGUGAUCUUCUCUCUCACACAUUCACACAUUGGAGAAGUCUUGAGACGAUGAGAGACUAUCACCUCCAAACGCAGCAAAAGGAUAACUCUGCCACAAGCCGUCGGCCGAAAUCCGCCGCCGUUCACAGCAAGAAGCCACCAAAGGUUAGCCCCAAAAACCCUAACUCUGCGUCCUCUCCAUGUGCGGAAGAGGAUCUAGGGUUUGAAUCACCUAAGGAUUGGAUCGAUUCUUCUUCUUCUGUUGCGGAGAUUUCUGACUGGAACCUUGUCGUAGAAUCAUCGGAGGUAACUCGCUAAAUUUCACUCAUUGAUUUGGUUUCAGUUCGUAAUUUGUUUGAUGUUUUAUAGCGUAAGCAUUUUUAUUUCAAUUUUAGAGGUAAAAAUUAGUCAAAUUUUUAAGUUUGAUGUUGUUCUGUUUGAGAAAAAGUGUGUGUGAGUUGAGUGAAACGAAUUUGGAGUUCAUAUAAAUAAGUUUAAUUUGUAUAUCCAAUGUGGAAAAUUUCUGCAAAUUUUAUACUUCACUGUUCGUUCGAACUGAUGAAGGUUGCAGUUUUGUUAAUAGACAGUUAGUUACUACUGCUGGCUCCAUGGAUUUCGGUUGUUUUUUAGAUCCGAUUUUAGACAUAUUACUAUCACAGGAAUCGUCUGUUUCACUGACUCCUGCAUCUGCAAUCACUUCUGAAGCUGUUGUUUUGUCUGAAAUCUCACCAUGUUCAUCAGUGAUAAAUUUUGAUGAACCAAAAGAUGGAACAGCGUCUUCAUUUAGUCAACAAGAUACGGCAGGUCAAGAAGUGAAGAAACUAUCAAGUUCUGUUGAGGCAGAGGUGCUAAUAAAAUGUUUAAGGGAAGCUCAGGUUCAGGUAUCAGAAUCAAAAAAUGUGGAUUUGUUUUCUAAAAAGCUCCUGAAUGCUUUGGUGACAAUAUAUGCCGAAGAGCAAUUUCAGUUGCCUGAGGAGAAGGAUUGGUUCGAUGUAAUCAUGCUGAAGAAAGGUUCUCUGGCAGUUCUACUUUUGUUGCUGUGGACCAUUGCUGUGUUUGUGAUUUUUUCCGAUUUCUCUCACAGCAAAUACGGUGGAUCAAUUCCAACUUGAAAUUUUUGUUGAGUUACUGAGAGUAAGCUCUUUCUGAACUCACUCAAAUCUUGAUGAAUGAUGUUAAGAGCCUUUAGUUUUUAAUCUUUAGUCCAAUGUUUUAGACACGUAUAGUUUGGGAGAUUUAUUAGAUGGCCAAUGGUAUGAUGACAUUAAUUUAAACUUUAUAUUUCAUGAUGAUCAACAAUUAUAGUCUCUACAUUGAAG